AUGGACAACUCCAUGUGGCAGGCCAACAACACUAGAGGGUUUGAUUUCAUCCUGUUGGGAUUCUUCAGUCAAACCAAAGACUCAGCUCUGCUCUGUGUGGUCAUUUUUGUUAUUUUCCUGAUGGCCCUGUCUGGAAAUACCAUGCUGAUCCUCCUAAUACACUUUAAUGUCCACCUCCACACUCCAAUGUACUUUUUCAUCAGCCAGUUGUCUCUCAUGGACUUGACAUAUAUUUCUGUUACUGUGCCCAAGAUGCUUAUUGAUCAAGUCAUAGGUAUCAAAAAUAUCUCAGUCUUUGAAUGUGGAGUACAAAUGUUUCUCUAUGUGACGCUAGGAGGGUCAGAAUUUUUCCUACUAGCUGCUAUGGCUUAUGACCGGUAUGUGGCCAUCUGCUAUCCACUCCGUUACCCUGUUCUUAUGAACUAUAAGAUAUGCCUCCUCCUGGCUUCUGGCUGCUGGCUCCUGGGCUUAAUGGAUGGUUUCAUGCUCACUUCCAUCACCAUGAGCUUUCCAUUCUGCAGGUCCAGGGAGAUUCAUCACUUCUUCUGUGAGGUCCCUGCUGUAAUGAAGCUCUCUUGCUCUGACACCUCGGUCUUUGAGACAGUCAUGUACUUCUGCUGUGUUUUCAUGAUCUUAAUUCCUGUGAUAAUAAUUUCAAGUUCCUACUUUUUCAUUCUUCUCACCAUCCAAAGGAUGAAAUCAGCAGAGGGUCAGAAGAAGGCCUUUACCACUUGUUCCUCUCAUAUGACUCUGGUCAUCCUAUUUUAUGGGGCUGCUAUCUAUACCUAUAUGAUUCCAAAGUCUUACCACACCUCAGAUAAGGAUAUGAUAGUAUCUUUCUUUUACACUAUCCUCACUCCUGUCCUAAACCCUAUAAUCUAUAGUUUUAGGAAUAAAGAUGUCACAGGAGCUAUGAAAAAAAUUAUAAAUGUGGGAACUGUCUUUCAAGAAGCUCUAAAGUAG